UUUCUGCCCUGUUCUCCGCCAAAGCCUUUUCAAAUUGGCUAAAAUGCUGAACUGCAACGGACGUUCCACGAUCCGCAUUCCAUUUAUCUUUGAUUUGUUGGAUUUGUAAAGGGAAUCGAGCCAGAACCAGAAAAGUGAUGCAGCAGCAGCAGCAGUUCCAGCCCUUCCAACACCUCCACCACCAUCACCAUCAUCACCACCACCACCAGCAGCAGCAGCAGAUCCAGCAGGUGCAGUCGGACUCCCAGUUGGAGCACAGAAACUCCCCAGAUCCGGAGGCGGAAAGGAAUCCCAACCGGGACAGGCAACAGAAUCGCUCCUCCAUGGACUUCCGUAAUCUGUGCCAGCGCCUGGAUGUGGACAGCUUGCGAGCCAAGCUGCCAUCUCUGCCGCAAAUCAAGUUGCCGAAGGCGUUGCCCAAACUGCGAGGCCGCAAGAUAUUCCGGAGCUCCAAGUCGGGCUCCACCAGGGCCAAUGCGGGCUCCACCAAGGACAGGGGCUACACCGGACCGCCUCACCAGCAGUCGUACCAGUCGCAGCUCCAGGUGGCCGCCACAUCCCAGCAGUUCAUCAACAGGACGCCCCAGAGGAUCUCCACGAUCAGUUCCCUGAUGUACGAGGGCGGCGGCGGUGGUGGAGAGGCCGGGGAGGACAUCCGGAGAUCAGAGUCCCAGCCGGGCACUUACCGGAGCGCCGGCAGUCUGGACGACGACUACUAUGCCCCGGGCAGCGGGGAGAGGGCCUCCCGCCCCAUCAGUCCCAUCAAGAUGCCCUCCGGUAGCGAGGAGGCAGCCGGGGGAUCGAGGCCCUCGCAGCCACCCACCCUCACCCAGAGGAUCCAGAAGGGCUACAAGAGCCUCAGCGAGCUCCGGCUGAAGCACAUCUUCGCCAAGCAGACGACCGUCCGGCGGGACAACAUCGAGGUGGACCGCUACGUGGAGCAGUACGAGCGGGAGCUGAGGUCCGAGAAGCGGGCCAGGGAGCGUCGGGAUCGGGAGAUAGCCGAGAACUACGACAUCAAGAUCAAGACCCUGGCCGGGACGCGGCAGAACACCUUCGAGGAGGACGAGGUGGAGCACGAGCAGUUCGAGCGGCGGGACAAGGGCCACCAGGACACGGACGAGAGUGGGCUGGAGGCCACUCCUCCGCUGCCGAGUCGCCGCAAGCCCGGAAUAGCAGCCACUCGGUUCGCCAAGGUCCGUAAGCCGCCGUUGGAGAUGGAGGCCGCGGGUCAGGAGCACGAUCCAGACCAGGAUGAGGAGGCCAAGGCAUCGCCUCCCAAGGAGAACCAGCCUCCGCCCCGUUCCAGCAGCUACAAGCAGCUGCUGAGCAAGCUGCCCCACCUGCCCAGUCUCCCCAAUCUCCCCCAGCUCUCGCGGACCAAGGCGGAGAAGCCACCGUCGGAGGAGGUGGCCCCCACCAAGUCGGGUCUGAGGCAGAACAUCAAGCGGAUCAGGAAGUCCAUCAAGCGGCCGGCCAAGCUGAAGCCCAAAGCGCCCACCAGCCAGGACACCGACGACGAGGAGGAGUCGGAGGAGAAGAAGGAGCCUGGCAAGGAUCCAGCCUCCAAGCCUCCAAGCUCCGCCACGAACCUGAGAGCCCGCCUGGGCAGAUUCGCCUCCACGGAGCAGCUGCAGCAGCACUGGCGGAAGAGCUUCAAGCGAACCGGCAAGGACGAGGCCCCCAAGGAGGAGACGGCCGCCGUGGCGGGCGGAGUCCUGGGCGGCUUCCUGCUGGGCAGCCAGCUGGAGAAGACCCUCGGGAAGCUCAACGAGAAGAUGCACCAGAUCAAGUUUUUUCAGAGGCAGGGACAGGCGGCGGGGGCGGCUUCCAAGCAGCCGAAGCCCAACACCGUGGGCCAUGAGCCCGUGGAGCUGGACGACGACAACGAACUGGAGGCCACCUACCACCACAGCGACAGCGAUGACAGCGGCGAGGACGUCUCCGCUGACGAGGCGUUUGGCCAGAUCCAGCCGGAGACUAGUCCGGAGGAUCCGAUCCGCCGGAAGAAACCGCUUCUGGCCGAGCCGAGGGAGAGGGAGAGGGAGAAGGAGGCUCCAGCUCCGGCUCCUCCUCCAGCGAAGGAUCAGGCAGCCCUACCGGCAGCUAAGGCCGCCCACGCUUCUCGCCAGAUGGCGAAGCUGGCGGAGAUUCAGGCGGCGUCAAAGGGCGGGGCGGGCACGACGGCCUGGAGCAGCGAGUCCCUCGAGGAGAUAGCCGACGAGGACUAUCCGCGCGUCCUCAUCCACCAGGAGCACUCGGACAACUUUGAAUCCACCCUGAUCAUUGCGGUGGCCACCAAGAGCCCGUCGCCCCAGCAGCUCCCCGCUCCCAAGGCCAGUCCCUGGCUGCCCAACGACCAGAUCAUCUCCGGCUUCCGGCAGGAGCGGGAGCGGGAGAAGGAGCAGGCCUGGCCAGCCCCGGCCCUCUACAAGCCGAAGAGCAUCGAUAUCUUCGAGGCCUCCGGAGGCGGAGGCACUGCCUCGGCCUUCGCCGACUUCGACGAGGCCCUCCGGAAUGCCCCGGUCUUGAGGAUCAGUGCCGGGAGCAUCAGCUCCAGCAUCGAGGAGAAGGACGAGGGCCACACCAGGGUGACCAGGAUACGCGUGCAGAGUCCUCAGAUCGGCAACAGUCGGGAGAGUCUCAUGGCCCAGGACGAGGAGGAGGAGGAGGAGGAGGAAGAAGAGGGGGAGCCGGAGGAGGAGGACGAGGAUGACGAAGAGGAAGACCUGGAAAUGGAGCUUCCCGUGGAGGCCAUCGAUCUGGACGACUCUCUGUCCGAGCGCCCUCCCUCGGCCUCUCCGCCGCCGCCUCCCCUGCCCCAACGGCGGCCGCCUCCCAUCCCCAAAGUUAUCGAUAACACGCCGAUAUACGAUGCAGUCCCCCCACCACUACCGAUAACCAAGCCGCCCCCCAACGAGGCGAAGGCACCGGAGGCACCGACCACCGCCCCGACUCCGGUCCCGGCUAGGGUCUCUCUGCCCCAGAGAAGCGCCUCCAUGUCGCGGCCGGCCAAGCCCCUGGUGAAGACCAGCUCCCUGCGGCUCACCUACAACGAGCAGGUCCGGCCCGGGGACAUCGGGAAGGUGAACAAGCUGAUCUCCCGGUUCGAGGGCGGGCGGCCGCGCCUCUGUCCCCGCCGGAUGCACAGCGAGGAGUACGAGCGGGAGGAGGAGGACGAGCUCCGUCAGGAGGAGGUCCUGGUUCAGAAGAUACGAGUUAUCGACUCGCUAACGCCCACUAAUCGGAAUGUGGUCGUGAUUCCACAAAUCACUCUAAACAACAACAGCGACAGGGAGGAGAAGCCCAAGGGAGAGAGUCCUCUGACAAAGGACACCAAGGACCUCACUCUGGAUCGUCAGAACUCGAACUGCAGUCGAUCGGAGUACGGAUCGCCGCUAUCCUUUCCCAGCAAUCGACGCAGCCGCACACCCACCAACCUCAACAACAACAACAAUCCCACCACAAGUCCCUCCAAUCCUCGCCAGAAUCAGAAUCCCAGCCAGAAUCCGAACCAGAACCAGAAUCCGAUAACAAUCCAACACCAGAGACGCAGCCGACGCUCCAUGACCCGCGACGAUGACAACUUCUAUAGUUUCGAUAGCGACGAAGAGAACAGCUACUACUCUAUAAGCCCCUCGGGAAGCAGUCGUUAUGUGGUGGAGAUCUAAACGAAUUAUAGUAUUAGAGGAUUAUUUUUAGACAAAAAGUCAUUUAAUAUCGAUAUAUAUCGAUUAAUUUUUUUUUUUCUAGCCUAAGACCCUUAUUAUUUGAAUAAAGUACAACUUGUAACACGAAAAGGGAAUGUGACUCAACUAAUUUUAAUUU